AUGGUCAAGCUAACGGAAAAUGUUUUACUCUACGAAUUAGCACAAUUACAAAUAUUAUUUCAAAAUAGGAAUGAAGAUGCAAACGAUGACGUUGAAGGGAAUGCAAGUCAUAUUGAAGUCGUGGUUCGGGUCCGCCCUAUGAUGAAAAGCGAAAUUGAAAACGGAGCCAAAGAAGUUACUCAAGCAACAAAUGAUACUAUAGUUCUUGAAACGAACAAAGAUAAUAAACAAUUUACGUUCAGUAAAGUCUUUCGUGCAGAUGUUUUACAAGAAGAAUUCUUCCAGCAAUGUGGAAUUUGCCAGCUACUUAAUAAAGCUUUAGACGGAUAUUCAUGUACCGCCUUCGCAUUUGGUCAGACGGGCUCUGGUAAAACUUUUACCAUGACUGGACCAGUUACCGGGAAUGACUUAUUAUUAGAAGUUGAAUCACAAGGAUUAAUACAGCGAGCAUUUCAGUAUAUUUACGGGAAAAUAGAUAAGAACCCAUCAAUUCAGUAUCAAGUCCGAGCAUCAUAUGUAGAAAUUUAUAAUGAGCAAGUGCAAGACUUACUUAAUCCUUCGACAACUGUUGAAUCCCUUCAAGUUCGUUGGUCUGCUGAUAGUGGGUUUUACAUAGAAAAUGCGUUUGUUUUAGAAUGUGAAUCAGUUGAUGAUUUAAUAGCAGUCCUUGAGGAAGGUAUAAGACAUCGUCAAAUCGGAUCCAAUGCAAUUAAUGAUCGAUCAAGUCGCAGUCAUGCAAUUCUAACAAUUUAUAUUGAUAGCGAAGUCGUCAGUUCUGAAGAUCUUGAUGAGCCAUGUUUAACGAAGCAUGGAAAAUUGUUUUUUGUAGACUUGGCAGGUAGUGAAAAGGUAGCAGAAAAUCAUAAAGGAGAAAAUUUAGCAGAAGCGGGAAAUAUUAAUAAAAGCCUAUUAACUCUAGGUAAUUGUAUAUCGGCAUUGAGUGACGUUAACAAGCGGCAUGGUCAUAUUCCAUAUAGAGAAAGUAAAUUAACCAAACUGUUAUCGGACAGUCUUGGUGGCAAUGGGAUAACGCUAAUGAUUGCGUGUAUAGCACCUUCUUCACAAUACGUUAGCGAAACUUUAAAUUCUUUACGAUAUGCCAACCGAACAAAGAAAAUUAAAAAUUUUCCUAAAGUGCACAUGAUAGGAUUUGUAUUAGAGAUCUAUUUAGCAUAUGAAGAAGAUUAUUAA